AUGGAUUUCGAAAGUCCAGAUGUAGAAAAAGAAUUUCCUGGAUUAUAUGCAUCAGAAUCAGCCAAAAAAAGUAACGAGAGCGAUUUUAGUGAUGAAGGUGGACAUGAGAAACAUUCUAAAAAAGAACUCCUUGGUAGUAAACGAAAAGAAAAAAAAGAUCGAAAAGAUCGAGGAUAUGCUACCUUAGAAGGAGAAAGUUCCCCUGACGAAGAUCAGGAAACAACAUAUAAUUUAACUCACAGAAGUCCUUCAAAGUCGAAAAAGACUAAAGCUUUCAAGUUUCCAUCAAAGAAAGAAAAACAUCGUAAAAAAGGAAAACACACUGUGGAAGAUGGUUUAGAUAUUGGAGAGGAGCAACCAGUAUUUGGCGUUAGUCUGCAUUUAGCAGUGGAAAGAAGUCGUUGUCAUGAUGGCAUUGAUUUACCUUUAGUUGUGAGAGAUUGCAUUGAUUUUACAGAAGAGCAUGGAAUGAAUAUAGAAGGUCUAUAUAAAGUUCCAGGAGUGAAAUCAAAAGUUCAGCAUUUAAAAAAGUUAUAUAAUCAUAGAGAGCUUGUAAAUUUAUCUGAAUUUGAACCUACAGUAGCUACAAGUUUAUUAAUAUUAUUUCUUAGAGAACUACCAGAGCCUGUCUUAGAAAGCAGUGAAAUGAUAUCUAGGUUUGAACAAGCAGCAUCUACAAAAGAUGUUGCUCAAAGAGAAGCACAAUUAUUACAUUUAACUCAGCAGCUUCCUAAAUAUAAUAAUGUUCUUUUAGCAUGGGUUAUAUUACAUUUAGAUCAUGUUACAAUACGAGAAAAAACUACUAAAAUGAAUGCUCAAACCAUUUCAAUGACAUUAAGUCCUGUAUUACAAAUGAGUCAUAGAUUAUUAUUAGCUUUGUUGUUUCAUUGCAAAGCUCUUUUUCCAAAUGUAAAAUUAACGAAAUAUGUGCCGCCACUUUCAUCUGGUAGUAUUAAUCUUCCAGAUUCUGUAGAAAGCAUAGCAGCUGAAUUAUCUAAACAAGAAUCGUUACUUUCGCAAAUACAUAUGCAAAUGAAUGCAGGUUUUGUUACAAAAUUACGCGAAGAACAAUUGUGGGAAGUGCAACGUAUGAUAACACAAUUGAAGAGAAAAUAUAAAACAGUUCAAAAAAUGGAAGGUGCUGCGCAAAAAAGUUUAGAUGAAGAAGUGAAAUCAAAUGAUGAAAUUGUAGUAGAAUUAAAUAUACAAAAAACAAAAACAGAAGAAGAAGAUAUAGAAUAUGCAAAAUUAGAAGCUCAAUCAAUAUCCACAUUAACAAAAAAGGAUAAUAAAGCACAUAUUCUAGAAGACAAUAAAGAACCAACAAAUACAAAUACAAAUACAAUUAUUCAAAAUGAACGAAAUGUUCAUGCACAUGAUAAAGAUAUUGUUGAUUCUUCUGAAAUAUCAACAAUUAUACCACAAUUUAAUGAACAAGAAAAUAUUUCAUCUAUAACAAGUGAAAAUGGUACAAAUGAUGAUUAA